GCAGCAGUGGAGUCAUUCAGGUUCCUGGGCACCACCAGCUCUCAGGGCCUGAAGUGGGACAAUCACAUUGACUCCAUUGUUAAAAAGGCCUAAUAGAGGAUGUUCUUACUUCACAGCUGAGGAAGUUCAACCUGCCACAGACGCUGCACACACAGUUCUACUUAGCCAUCAUGGAGUCUGUCCUGUGCACUUCGGUAACAGUCUGGUUUGGGCUCAUCUACACAAUCAGACAUCAGAAGACUACAGAGGCUGACAGGAUUAUUGAUGCUCCUCUGCCCACACUAUAAGAACUGCCACUGUAUGUCUUUACUGAUUGGCCGGAGGACAGACUGCGGGCUGCUCUGAGAGCUUCCUGGAUAUGAUGCCCGUUGGUGGUUAUUGCCCUGCCUUCAUCAAGGCUGAGCCCACGAGCCCCGCCUCCCUGAUGCAGCACAGUCCCGAAGGAUCAUCGUCGGAUAGCUACGGCUCCGUGACGAAGGGCGAGCAUGUGGGCGUGGCCUCGCCAGUUUUGUAUCAUAGGUCGGGGGCAGGGACGAGCCCAGAUUCGGUUUCUGUGCUGCAGGUGAAGAGCGAGUGCGAAGGGAACUCGGGGCCUAAGCGCUCGUGUCUGGUGUGCGGCGACGUCGCCUCUGGGUUUCAUUACGGUGUAGCAUCGUGCGAAGCCUGCAAAGCCUUCUUCAAACGCACUAUUCAAGGCAGUAUUGAAUACACGUGUCCGGCGAGCAGUGAAUGUGAGAUUACUAAGAGGAGGAGGAAAUCCUGCCAGGCAUGCCGCUUUACCAAGUGCAUCUCUGUGGGCAUGCUGCGAGAGGGUGUGCGACUGGACAGAGUGCGAGGAGGUCGUCAGAAAUACAAGCGCACCAUGGAAUCAAACUCUUACCUCGACAUGCAGUUACCACAAAUGCACAAGAGAACCCGCACAGAAUCCUACAUAGCUGAGAACAAGGUGGUGUCUCACCUUUUGGGGGCGGAGCCAGAGAAGGUGUACGCUAUGCAUGACCCCGCCCUCCCUGACGAUGACAUCAAAGCUUUGACUACACUGUGUGAUCUCGCUGACCGUGAGCUGGUGCUCAACAUCGGCUGGGCCAAACACCUACCAGGUUUCUCCAGUCUCUCCUUGCCAGACCAGAUGCGUCUCCUGCAGAGCGCAUGGAUGGAGAUCCUGAUCUUGCGUGUGGUCUUCCGUUCGCUGGACGCCCAGGACUGCCUGGUGUUCGCUGAGGACUAUGUGAUGGAUGCCGAGCAGGCCAAACAAACUGGCUUGCUCGAGCUCCAUGGCGCCAUCCUGCAGCUUGUCAGGAAGUACAGAGCCAUGGGCCUGGAGAGAGAGGAAUUCGUCACACUCAAGGCCAUUGCACUCACUAACUCGGACUCUAUGCAUAUUGAGGACAUUGACGCAGUCCAGGGCUUGCAGGACUGUGUGCACGAGGCGCUGCAGGACUACGAACGCAGUCACCAUGGCAACGACCCAAGGAGGGCGGGCAAACUGAUCAUGACCCUCCCUCUUCUGCGGCAGAUCUCGGCCAAGGCCGUGCAAUACUUCUGCAGCGUCAAGCAGGACGGCCGAGUGCCCAUGCACAAACUCUUCCUGGAGCUGCUGGAGGCCAACAGCCAGCCCUCGCCCUGAUUACACCACAACCAUGAGGUGACCCUGUUCUCACCUGAACUCUUUAGGGAUUUUUAGAAUACUGAAUGAAAUAAGAACCAUGAAGAAUGUAACUAAAGGUUGGUGGUGGAGGGGUAAGGGUUUGGAGAGGGGGAGAAGAUUGUAUAAAUGAUUGUAAACGUGGAAGAAAUGGUUUAUCAAAGAAGGCUUGGGACACCAUGUUGCUCGGACUGCUAUGCUAAUUUAGGAUGACUUUUUUUGUAUUGGUGCUUCAAUAAAUAUAAAGAGACAAACAA